GGUCCGCUAGCCCAGCCCUCUGGCGGCGCGGAACCCCGGCGCUGGUGGGGGGACCGGAGCCCCACGGACCCAGAGCCGCGCGGCCGCGACCGGAAGCCACGGCCUACACUUCCGGCGGGAGCAGGCAGAGCCACUUCCGGCCUAGUGGCCUCCGCGGAGAGGAGGGCCAUGGAAAGCAGCCCGUUGGUGGUGUCGAAACACAAGGCGGAGGUGGUGUGCGGGGUCCCCACUCAGGUGGUCUGCACAGCCUUCAGCAGCCACAUUCUGGUGGUGGUGACCCAGUUCGGGAAGAUGGGCACCCUGGUCUCCCUGGAGCCCAGCAACGUGGCCAGCGACAUCAGCAAGCCGGUGCUCACCACGAGAGUCCUCCUCGGGCAGGACGAGCCUCUCAUCCAUGUCUUUGCAAAGAACCUGGUAGCCUUCGUGUCUCAAGAAGCUGGAAACAGAGCGGUUCUCCUGGCCAUGGCCGUGAAGGACAAGAGUGUUGAAGGGCUGAAGGCCUUGAAGGAGGUGAUCCGGGUGUGCCAGGUAUGGUGACCUGGAUCAGAAGUGCGCACCAUUUAACAGGACUAUGCAGGAGCUCAGUCCCCUUGUGGGGUCUCGAAGACCCUCCCUCCUGCACAACCAGGAGGAAAGACUUCUUCUGACUUUAGCCGUUGAAGCUGGAAAAAACAUUCAUGGCUCAGGUGGACUCACUGGUUGCUGCAUCGUGAAGGUGGCAGAAGCAGAAGGUGUGCCUUGGCCUCCCCGAGGUGCAUCUACGUGAGGAUGGAAAGCACCAGUCAGCCAGUGUGACUUGUGGCCCUCAGUGUGGGGAAUCAUUUGUAGAGGGAGGUUUUUUAAAACUAAAAGUAAAUAUGUAUCCCCAAAUCCUCACCAUACUUCUUAACAAUACUAAGUAAUACAGAAAGUACAAUCUAGUAUA